GGUGUGACUGGACGACUCGUGGUGGUCGGGGCGGUUGUGGAAAGGGGUGCAGUGGUCGUAGGUGCAAGCGUAGUUGGGGAUGGUGAUGCUGUGACUGGACGACUCGUGGUGGUUGGAGCGGUUGUGGUAAGGGGUGCAGUGGUCGUCGGCGUAAGCGUAGUUGGGGAUGGUGAUGUUGUGACUGGUGCCAAAGUGGUUGUUGGCGAAGCUGUAGUGGGAGGAGAUGUUGGGGAAUAGGUAGCAGGAGGUUUGGUGGUCGGCGCGGGGGCGGCAGUAGUAGGUGCAGGAGGGUUGGUAGUAGGUGCAGGAGCCUCGGUAGUAGGUGCAGGAGCCUUGGUAGUAGGUGAAGGAGUCUUGGUAGUAGGGGCUGGAGGGUACGUAGUAGGUGCAGGGGGGUUGGUAGUAGGUGCAGGGGGGUUGGUAGUAGGUGCAGGGGGGUUGGUAGUAGGUGCAGGGGGGUUGGUAGUAGGCGCAGGGGGCUUGGUAGUAGGCGCAUCUGUGGGCGGGUACACCGGUGUGCCUCCAAACUUCCACUGGCCAUUGGGAUGGGCAAUGCCAAAGUACGAUUCGAAUCCACCUUUACCGAGGUUGUCGUGGUACAUGAAGUAGUACGCGGCCGUGCCCGUCGAUUGCUGCCACCCCUUGACGUCAUAGUAGAACUUCUCCGACAACGCAGCGCUCGCGGUGUGACCUUGGAAUGACCCCCCCUGGCUGGGCCAGCCCACCUCUGUUACGCGGACCUUGGAGCCAAACUUGGCCACUACUGCCUCAUAUCUUCGCUUCAGGUCCUUAAUGGGGUCGGUAGUCGAGUCUGGGGCCCCGCUAAAGAACGGAUGGAUGUUGGCCCCCACAAUGUCGACGAGAUCGGCCAGUCCUGGGUUAGCCAGCAGGUCGCCGUCAGUUUGCACAAUGCCGACGGGGACGCGGACUCCAGCCGCUGCCAACUUGGCUUUCGCAUCUUGCACUACGGACGUCAAUCUCGCGGCGUUCCACCCUUGGUGCAAUUCUUCGUUGCCGAUAAAGAUGACCUGCACCGCGUUCGGGUUGGCUUUGGCGCCGGCGAUGGCAGCGUCAAGAUCCUCUUGGUACCUGUUGCCCAACAACCACACCCCCGCCGCGAUCUUUAAGCCAGCGUUGGCCGCGACUGUGAUGGCGUUUUGGUUGCCCAUGGAUGUCUGGAAGGUCCGCACAGACUCGAAUCGUUGCUUGAUGGUGCGGAAAUGGGCUGGCAUGUUGGCCGAGUCGUACGAGUCGUAGCAGACACCGAAACCUUCGGCUAUGACGGAGGUUGCCAAGACAAAUAACCCCAACACGGGCAAUACGAUGUGAUAGAGCAUACUUCCGUGACAAUGCAAAUUGGAAAAUGAGUCGCUAUCAG